AUGGCCUACUCUUACUGGAAGAGUGGAAAGAAAGCUGAUAGAUCAGUUUUUGAUUUGUAUUUCCGUAAAAAUCCUUUCCAUGGAGAAUUCACCGUGUUUGCUGGACUUGAAGAGUGUUUGAAAUUUAUUCAGAAUUUCUCCUUUUCUGAAAGUGAUGUGAAUUAUUUAAAAACAGUUUUACCAGCCAAUGUAGAAGAAGAAUUUUUUGAAUAUUUGAGAACGUUAAGUACUGAUGAUGUUGAGAUAUAUGCUAUAGAUGAGGGUGAAAUAGUUUUUCCUAAAGUUCCUCUGAUAAUGGUUGAGGGGCCGUUACCUGUCAUACAACUGAUAGAAACUCCCUUGUUAAAUCUGGUUAAUUAUGCUAGUUUGGUAGCUACUAAUGCUAUGAGAUUUCGUAACGCUGUCAAACCUGGUACCACACUCUUAGAGUUUGGAUUAAGAAGAGCUCAAGGUCCUGAUGGUGGCCUCUCAGCUUCCAGAUAUUGUUAUAUGGGAGGUUUUGACGGUACCAGUAAUUCUCUAGCAGGCAAGAUGUUUGGAAUACCAGUAAGAGGAACCCACGCCCACGCCUUCGUUACAUCCUAUUAUUCUCUUGAUGAGGUGACCAACAAGAAAUUAAAAAAGAAGAAUAGUGAAGAGGAAGUUGAUUUUGUAGAAUUAUGUUUACAAUGGCAACAAAAACUAACAUCUGUGAUAGAUUUUUUAGCCGACCAAGUUAUACCUGGUGAAUUAGCUGCGUUUAUAUCAUACGCUCAGGCGUUUCCUGAUAAUUUAUUGUCUCUUAUAGACACUUAUGAUGUUUUUAGAAGUGGUUUACCUAAUUUUUGUACUGUAGCCAUGGCGUUGUUUGAUUGUGGCUAUAAGGCUGUAGGAAUAAGACUAGAUAGUGGUGAUUUAGCCUAUCAAUCAAUACAUGUUCGUAAAGUCUUUAAGAAAAUAGCCUCACAUUUUUCAGUGCCAUGGUUCAGUGAUUUAAUUAUAGUUGCUAGUAAUGAUAUUAAUGAAGAUACUAUUCAUUCUUUAAAUCAACAGGGUCAUGAAAUAAAUAGUUUUGGUAUCGGAACACAUUUAGUCACCUGUCAGAAACAACCAGCUUUAGGUUGUGUUUUCAAGUUAGUAGAAGUUAAUAAUAAAGCUCGUAUUAAAUUGAGUGAAGAUGUAGAAAAAGUGACGAUACCUGGUCGUAAAAUAGGUUAUCGACUGUACGGUAGUGAUGGUCAUGCUCUAGUAGAUUUAUUAAAUCAACAACACGAGACGCCACCUGAAAUUGGUAAAAGAACAUUAUGUCGACAUCCAUUUCAGGAGUCGAAGAGAGCGUAUGUUAAUCCUGCUUCAAUGAAAGUCUUACAUAAAAUAUACUACAAACAUGGCAAGAUCCAACAAAGAUUACCUACAUUAUCAGAUCUACGAGAGAGAGCCAUGAAAUCUCUAAUACCAAUUCGUGAAGAUCAUAAACGUGCUUUAAAUCCCACACCUUACAAGGUGUCUGUAAGUUCCAAUCUGUAUAAAUUUAUUCAUGAUUUAUGGUUAGAAAGUGCACCAAUAGGAGAACUAUCAUAA